AUGGGGGCAGCGCCGCAAAAAAAUGCAUCGGUUUUGAUUGGAAGGGAUUCUGGAACUAAAAGAAAGCGGCGGCCGCCGUCACAAGCGGACGCAGGCGUCGCGAAAAAGUUUGGGGAUCCAAAUGAACCGAUGCGUGCCUUUUGUUUGUCUGAAGGAAAGUUAUCGCAAGGACUUUUGUGUCCGCCUUGCUUCUUUAUGGACGUGUCUCCUUUUCAACGCGUUGGUGACGCCUCUGCCGAUGAUGCGGGAAGUUUCUCUGCUGCGCCGCUUAGAUACGCUGUAAUACCGGGCUUUUUUGCGCAUCCAUCUCCAUCGCCAUUCAAGCAGACUGCGAAGUCGCCACGGACAGCGCGUGACGCCGUGUGUAAAGCAUCACUGCGGAAACUUUUGAAGAAGGCUUUCGACGCCGCUCGCCACGCUAUGGGUGCUGUGGACGAUAUUCCGAAUGACUCGCUGCUAAUUGUGGCUUUUGCAUUCACCACGGGUGCUACCGCAGACGCCAGAACAACACGAACUUGGGUGCAUCACCCUGAGAGCAACCGCUUCUCUUCUGCCAAUGUUGCCGGUGGAUUGCGUCGGUGGGGCGAGGUAGUCGGACUGUGUGUGGCUCAUGAGCUGAGCAGGGCAUGCCGUGUGCGUUGUGAGUUGAAUUUUAACACAAAGGAGCGUCACGGAUCCAAGGAGCAGGUGGAGGAACGUCGGGAGCCGACAGGGACGAAAGUGGGUGACAGCUGGUGUGUGGGAUCCUCAUUCUGUGGGGUGCAGUUCUUUUGGGUGGCAGAGCCACACCGCCGCCGUGGCAUCGGCAGAGCGAUGGUAGAAUUGGCCCGCAAAAACGUUUCAUACGGCUUUGAGAUACCCUUUGAGCAGGUUGCGUUCUCUGAGCCAACGGCGCACGGAACACUCUUCGCGAGGCGUUACGCUGGGCGCGAUGAUUUUCUCGUCUUUUGA